AUGCGCUUUUCCUCUCUACCAUCCAGUACGUCUUCACAAAGUGACAAGAAAAUGAAGAGUGAGGAAUCAACUAGUGAGCAGAAGGCUCGAACUAGCCGAGCUGUGAGACAGACAUCUGCUGCUGUCAAAAAAAAGGGUGCUUUGGUGAAAAAAGCUACACUUCAAGCUGGAAAGAAAAACAAAACCCCCAUAAAAUUAACAAAAGCUGUAGCCAAAUCUAAAAAGGCGACAGGUAUGCAGGCAAAAAUAACAGACUUUCGUUCGCCCAAGCGACAAACUUCUAAAAAUUCUCCUUUAAAAGUUUUAUCACCUACAAAACAAAUUUUGAAUGGCUCUACAAAAGGCACAACACGCCGAGCUGCACAAAACCGAUCGUCCAGUGCACCAACAAAUAACAAAGCUGAAAGUAGUACAAGAAAAAGAACUGCAGGGUCUCCUGAUGAAAAUAUUCCGGCAAAGAAGCGAGCAGCAACUGAAAAAGAAUCUCGGUAG